GAAUAGACUUUGCAAGUUGAAUAUGAUAAGAUUGAAGAUAAAUGUGAAGCAAUGAAUUCAAAACUUAAGCAGUUUGAACAAGACGUAACUCAGUUAACAUCUGAAGUAACAUCAACAAAAGAAAAACUUGGUGAAAUUAAAUGUGAAAAUGAUUCUUUGAAAAAAUCUUUAGAUGCAACUGUUUCUGACAAAAAGCAAUUAGAACAGAUGAAAACAGAGCUUGAGGGAAAAGUAAUUGUAUUAGAAUCUGUCCAUGAAACGGAAACUAAGAAACAUAAUGAAACACAAGCCGAAUUGCAAAAGAAAAUACAAAAAGUAACUGAAUUAGAAGAUCAAUUGAAUAUGGAAAGGUUCCAACACACUUCCACAACUCAGCAAUUAGAACAAGCUCUUAAGGAAGCUAAACAACAAAAUUUGUUGAGCUUGGAAAUGGCUGAUUAUGAGCGUUCUGUAUCAGAACUUAAUGCAAACCUUGAAGAAAGAAGCAAGUGUAUUAAUAAUCUUCGAUCCCAGUUAGAGAAUGAAAGGGAAAAGUAUAAUACAGCUCUAGAAGAAUUAAAACAUGUUGAAUGCCAAUGGAAAUCAGAAGAAAGUAGAGCCAAGAAUUUAAAGGAUAUUUUAAAUAAAACAAAGAAUGAAUUAUCAGAUAUGAAAAAUAGAGAACAAGAACUUAAAGAUAAAAUAAAUUCCCAACAAAAUCAUUUAGAAUCUAUAUUACAAAAAGAAGAACUUUUUAAAGUACAAAUAGCAGAAGCAUCAGCUGAAAAUCAAAGGUUAUAUCAGCUUGUUAAAGAUUUAAGGUUGAACAGUAAAAAGACAACUAACUUACUUGAAACAAAAAUAGAAAAUCUGGAAGAACAACUUAAAAUUGCAAAUCUAGAAAUGGUGAAUGUUAAACAACAGUUUGAAAGUUAUAAGAUUCGUGUGCAUAGUGUGUUAAAACAAAAGCAAGAAUAUAGCCCAAUUCAUACAAUACAAGAUGAAACUAAACAAGAAAUGGAAAAUAUAAUUGAACAGUCUAGAGAAAAAAUAGAAGAACUGAGUGAAAAAUUAAAAGUUGCAUUAACAGACAAUGAGAUACAUCAGAAAGAACAUAAUGAUUUAUUACAGCAUUAUGAAAAUUUAAUAGAAGAAGCUAAAUUAAGAGAAGAUUCUUGGAAUCAAAAGUAUAGUCAAUUGAAAAUGGAACAUGAUGCUUUAUAUCAGCAACAAGAAUCUCUCAGUAAACAAUUGCAACAGCAGAAUGUAAUUACUGAAACGUUUAAGCAAAGGCUACAUGCACUUCAAGAAAAGCACGAAAUUGAAAUAAAAUUGCUUCAACAACAAUUGGAAGUUGCACACACAGAAAUUAGCCAUUUACAGAAAGAACAUCAAAAAACUUCAUCACCAUCACACAUGCCAGAAGAACCUGCACAAUUUGAUAUAUUUUCACAAGAAAGACAAGAAGGAGAGGGAUCAGAAUGCACUGACAGAAGAAGUUUAACACCUAUAGGAAAUUCAUCUUUAAAUAUUAUUCCAAGAUCAGGUUUUAUAUCAUUUGAACAGUUGUUACAGAUGCCAGAUGAACCUGAUACACCAACGAGCAUUUCUUCACAGCAAGAUAUAGAAAAACUUUCAUCCAAUUUAGUUGCUACACAAAAAAAAUUAGAACAUGUGACUGAGAUAUUAAAUGAAAGUGAAGCUAAUAAUCUGAGAAUGACUGAACAAGUCAGAGUAUUAAAAGAAGAAAUAAGAAGAUUAGAAAGAAAUAAGGAAAGAGAGGAUCAUGCUGAAAAUCUUGAAUAUUUA